AUGAGUGGGUACCUGCACACGUUGCGCUACUUCUUCGGCCUGCCCCUGUCCAUCGCAUGGCGGACGGCGCUCGUCCAAAUACCUCGAUUCGUACCCCUAUCGAUCCUCCACGUAACCUCGCCCAAGGGACCGCAUCCCUUCCUGAUCAACCUGCCGAGUCGAAAAGGCAACGUCAUCACACUCUAUGUCUUCGUACCGCCCGCGCCAGUGGACCCGGAGGAGAACGAGGACCGGCGGCGAGCAGAGACAGGGGAAUGGAGAGUCCCAGUCGUGCUAGACUUCCAUGGAGGAGGCUUCGUCAUGGGCAGCCCGCUCGAACAGGCACCAUAUGCCUCCAUGAUGUCGCGUGAGCUUGGGGCGGUCGUCAUAUCUGUGUCCUACCGCAUUGGGCCUUUUCACCAAUUCCCAGCUGCGAUACACGACGGGGAAGAUGUACUGUCCGCCAUCCUAGACACAGACAGCAUCACCGAUGCUGGCAGAUACCUCAGGACAGAGAUUCAACGAUAUUAUGCCAUUAUGCGCACAAACACGCUUGCCAAGCACAAGAAGAGCAAGAAGAAGGCGCAUCUGCUGCCUCACAUGGAGCACGUCACAAACAUUACCCUGGAUCCAGAACGGCUAUGUAUCUCAGGCUUCUCAGCGGGUGGGAACAUCGCUCUGAACAUGGCUGUGUCUGCUCCACCAUGCAUGGACAUCCUGCAGCCCCCCAACGAGCGUUCCAACUCGAUUUCACAAGGACCCUCUGUCGGCGCGACGAUGUCCCCUUUUCUGCCGCGGAAUCGCGCACCGACAAUACUGGACAACCCACUAGAGCCAUGGCCAACGAUGCUGCCGCCUCCCAAAGCGCGACCUAGGUUCAUGCCCCUGCUGCUAUUCUACCCUUCACUGGACGCCCGUCUCUUACCGCACGAGCGACCCAUGAAGAACCUACCAAACGCGCUGAAAGGCGAAGACAAGAAGCCCGAGAAGCCGCGGAUGCCUGGCCUCUUCUCGAUCAUGGGACCCACGUACCUCCCCAAGAAGCUACGCCCUCACCCACGCGCCAGUCCCGGCCUGGUCGACCCCGAGAACGUGCAGAAGAACGCCGCCAUAUUCCUCGUCCUACCGGAGAAAGACAGUCUCGCCGUGCAGAGCGACGUCUGGGUAGACAAGAUGAACUGCAGCGGCUGGCACGGACAUGUGCGCUUCGGCGACGGGCGGCAAGGAGACUGGGAUGGCAUCGACGGGGGCCGACCGUAUCCGAAGGUGGACACAAACGGAGGCCUCGAAGUGUGGCACGCUCCAGGCUGCCGACACGGCUGGACACAGUUCCCAGACAUAGCGGUCGGGAAGCACGAGCGCAAGGAGCGGCAGCUUGUCUUUGAGCGGACGCUGCAGUUUGUAAAGGAUGGGUGGCGGAGGGAGUUGCCCGUCUGCAAAGAGAGGCUGGGCAACAAGGACCAAGAAGCGAGGCCGUUUAGGAUACCAAGCCAGUUCAAUGGGUUGCAGCACUGA